AUGGAAAAUAAGACACCAUUACUACCCAAAGCAGCAGCAACUGCAGUAGCAACAGCAACUGCAGCAGCAGCAGCAACUGUAGCAGCAGCAGCAGCAGGCCCAAUCCCUACAGCAGCAGCCGAGAACAGCAGAGCCGAAGUACUAGUGCUGGCAGCAGGAACAGCAGCCGCAGCAACAGCAGCAGCAGCAACAGCAGCAGCAGCAACAGCAGCGGCAGCAACAGCAGCAGCAGCAGCAGCAGCAGCAGCAGCAGCAACAGCAGCAGCAGCAGUAGCGUUGACCCUACCCCUAGACAAGAAAGGCCUCUGCGGGACCGCAGCAGCAGCGCGAGUGUGUCAGCAAGCUGCUGCUGCUGCUGCUGCUGCUGCCGCUGCAUGA